AUGGCUCAAAACUUUGAUGAAGCUGCUCAGCGUGAGCUCGCCAAGUUCCUCGAGGCCGAGCAGGCCAAGGCCCGUCUCCAGCAGUCCAUCCACACCUUCUGCGAUCUCGCUUUCGACAAGUGUGUGACCAAGAUUGGCAACAAGCUCGAUCGCUCAGAGGAGGCCUGCCUCGCCAACACUGUUGAUCGUUUCCUCGACACCAGCUUGUUCAUUGUCAGACGCUUGGAGGAGACCAAGGGAUCUAUGUAA